GUUUCUAGGUAAACACUAAACAUUAAUGGCGCCCAUGUAAACAAAUUUGUUGAGUAGUUUGCACUGAAGGCGUGUCGCCAUGCAGUGCUUCACACGGGGCGAGAAACGCCCUCGAACUACCUACGGCGCCCACUACCAGGAGCCGCUGUCCCACUACUACUUUCAGCGCCCGCGUUGGACCCCCGAACCUGCUAGAAACGCCAGGCCAUGGGUUCCAGAGGGGAUCCCGUACCCGAGUCACAUCUACCCGAUAAAACGUCUGCUGGUGGUGCCAGAGGAGCCGCCCGUCCACAGGGAGAGGAGGAUGGGGGAGAUGCUGGAGGCAAUCAAUGAAACGAACUGGACCACCAGCCAAAAGGAGAAGCACUACGGUUCCAGGAAGUCCAAGAUUGUGGACUCGUUAAAAUAUUCCAAAGAGUCGACUCAGCGAGAUCAUUUCCCUGGCUACUGGAUGGGUAAAGAGCUCAGGCGUCAUCCAAAUAGGUUCGCGUCUGCAGGUGCAGCACCUGAAGUCUACCACCUCGUGCCCUACCUGAAGCCCAAGGACCACCCCCUGACCCUGCAAAACUACGAUGAUAACUGCGACCCCUACGACCCCAACAAGCGCUGCUGUAUGACCACCGUGCCUCACUACCUGUGCGACCCCUACCCGGGCACGCCCCUGCCUGACCACUUCGUCAAGCCACCAGAAAAGCCGUCCAUCUCUAAGCCUGGAUGGGUUGUUUAAAUCAAUGUUAAUCACAAGUUGGGUUGAUUAAAUCAAUGUUGAACCCCAUAAUGAAUUGAUUAAAACAAUGUUG